UCCGCGCCCCCGUCGACCCCGCCCGCGAGUGCGCCCCAGCCUGGACGCCGCCCCCGGCCAGGUCUCCACUUCUCGGCCGCACUUCCCAUGACAGCGCCCGCGCGAAGAUGGCUGCGAAGGGCGCGCACGGCUCCCACCUGAAGAUGGAGAGCGAGCUGGAGCGCUGCCGCGCCGAGGGCCACUGGGACCGCAUGCCCGAGCUGGUGCGGCAGAUACAGACGCUGGUCGUGCCCGGCGGCGGAAGCAGCCGGCGAGCCAGCCCGAGCGCCGUGUUCACCUCUCUGGACACCGAUGACUUUGGGAAAUUGCUCCUGGCCGAGGCCCUCCUGGAGCAGUGUUUGAAGGAGAACCACACCAAGAUAAAAGACUCCCUCCCUUUGCUGGAGAAGAAUGAGCCAAAGAUGAAUGAAGCCAGAAGCUACCUGAGUAGUAUCCUUAACCACGGGAAGCUGUUGCCACAGUACAUGUGUGAGGCCAUGCUGAUCCUGGGCAAGCUGCAUUACAUGGAGGGCUCGUACCGAGAUGCCAUCAGCAUGUAUGCACGGGCUGGGAUUGAUGACAUGUGCAUGGAGAACAAGCCCCUGUAUCAGAUGCGGCUGCUGGCGGAGGCCUUUGUCAUCAAAGGCCUCUCCCUGGAACGCCUACCCAACUCCAUCGCUUCCCGCCACCGCCUGACUGAGAGGGAGGAGGAGGUGAUCGCCUGCUUCGAGAGGGCCUCCUGGAUCGCUCAGGUGUUCCUGCAGGAGCUGGAGAAGGUCACAAAUAACACCACGUCACGGCAUCUGAAAGGCUCUCAUCCGGUUGACUAUGAGCUCACCUACUUCCUGGAAGCCGCCCUCCAGAGCGCUUACGUGACAAACCUGAAGAAGGGGAACAUCGUGAAAGGCAUGAAAGAGCUCCGGGAGGUCCUACGGACUGUGGAGACCAAAGCAACUCAGAACUUCAAAGUGAUGGCAGCCAAGCACCUGGCAGGGGUCCUGCUGCACUCCCUGAGUGAGGAGUGCUACUGGAGCCCCCUGUCCCACCCGCUGCCCGAGUUCAUGAGCAAGGAGGAGAACUCCUUCAUCACGCAGGCCCUGCGGAAACCUCACCUCUACGAAGGAGACAACCUCUACUGCCCGAAGGAUAACAUUGAGGAGGCCCUCCUGCUGCUGCUCAUCAGUGAGUCAAUGGCUACUCGGGAUGUGGUGCUGAGCCGGGCGCCGGAGCAGGAGGAGGACCGGGCAGUGAGCCUGCGGAACGCUGCCGCCAUCUACGACCUCCUGAGCAUCACGCUGGGCAGGAGGGGACAGUACGUCAUGCUCUCCGAGUGCUUGGAGCGAGCCAUGAAGUUUGCGUUUGGAGAAUUCCACCUUUGGUACCAAGUGGCCCUCUCCAUGGUGGCAUGUGGGAAGUCGGCCUAUGCCGUGUCGCUGCUGCGGGAGUGUGUGAAGCUGCGGCCCUCGGACCCCACGGUGCCCCUGAUGGCUGCCAAGGUCUGCAUCAGGCCCCUGCACUGGCUGGAGGAGGCAGAGCACUUUGCCACGAUGGUCAUCGACCUCGGGGAGGAAGCUGGGGAGUUCCUCUCCAAGGGCUACCUGGCACUGGGUCUCACCUACAGCCUGCAGGCCACCGACGCAACUCUGAAGUCCAAGCAAGAUGAAUUGCACCGGAAAGCGCUGCAGACCCUGGAGAGAGCCCAGCAGCUGGCGCCUGGCGACCCCCAGGUCAUCCUCUAUGUCUCUCUGCAGCUGGCCCUCGUCCGCCAGAUCUCCAGCGCCAUGGAGCAGCUGCAGGAGGCCCUGAAAAUGUGCAGGGAUGAUGCCAACGCCCUCCACCUGUUGGCACUCCUCUUCUCCGCCCAGAAACACUACCAGCAUGCUCUGGAUGUCAUCAACAUGGCCAUCACGGAGUAUCCCGAGAACUUCAACCUGAUGUUCACCAAGGUGAAGCUGGAGCAGGUACUGAAAGGCCCAGAGGAAGCCCUCGUGACCUGCAGACAAAUGCUGCGGCUCUGGCAGACCCUGUACAGCUUCUCCCAGCUGGGAGGCCUGGAAAAGGAUGGCAGCCUUGGUGAGGGUCUCACUCUGAAGAAGCAGAGUGGCAUGCACCUGACUCUGCCAGACGCCCACGACGCAGACUCAGGCUCUCGGCGGGCAUCAUCCAUCGCAGCCUCCCGGCUGGAGGAGGCCAUGUCAGAGCUGACCAUGCCCAGCUCAGUCCUGAAGCAGGGCCCCAUGCAGCUGUGGACCACGCUGGAACAGAUCUGGCUCCAGGCUGCUGAGCUGUUCAUGGAGCAGCAGCACCUCAAGGAAGCAGGGUUCUGCAUCCAGGAGGCAGCGGGCCUCUUCCCCACCUCACACUCGGUUCUCUACAUGCGCGGCCGGCUGGCCGAGGUGAAGGGCAGCUUGGAAGAAGCCAAGCAGCUGUACAAGGAGGCGCUCACGGUGAACCCUGAUGGCGUGCGCAUCAUGCACAGCUUGGGUCUGAUGCUGAGUCGGCUGGGCCACAAGAGCCUGGCCCAGAAGGUGCUGCGGGACGCCGUGGAGAGGCAGAGCACCUGUCAUGAGGCGUGGCAGGGCCUGGGCGAGGUGCUGCAGGCCCAGGGCCAGAGCGAGGCCGCUGUUGACUGCUUCCUCACCGCCCUCGAGCUGGAGGCCAGCAGCCCGGUGCUGCCCUUCUCCAUCAUCCCCAGAGAGCUCUGACUGCCCUGCGGCAGUAGGGAACUUGGGGGGGUGGAGGGGUGGGUGUGGGGCCUCAGGGAAGUACAUCUCUAGGGAACACUUAUGCAGGCUGCAGCCCUAGUUCUCCUCGCCUCCCGCACCCCACCCCUGCAUUCUCUCCAGGGCCAGCUGGCUCUGGGAGCUGCUCGUCUGGAGCUGGGUGGGCCAGAUUUGCAUCAAAAGCAAAUCCCUUGCUCCUUGGGAUUUAGACAGACAUCAUGGCAUUUAUGAGGAAGGAGGUAGCUGGGAGCCCACAUCAGCAUGAGGCCCCUCCCCAGAGAAUAUGUGCAUCCUCUCAAUGUGCAGUAAGGGUCAAUGUGGCUUGGGUACCUCCUCUGCCCGUCUAGAAGCCCCUGUGCUGCACCUGCCACCCCCCUAACAUCCCUGACCCUGGAUUUCCUGGCCUUGUACAGGCUCUAGUCUCGAACCUCAGCUCCCUGCUCUCCAACACCAAAGAUGAACCCCACCAGCUGCCCUCUGGCUGGGUCAAGAGAGUUUUCCUGGAUUCCUUCCUUGGCACCUCGGGAGACAGUCUGCUUGAACCCUAAGUGACUUGGAGUCAUGGUGACUGGACCUGCUCCCCGAGGGUCCCGGCAGGGGAGCCUCACAGCUGUGCUGCACCCCACCCACACCUCUGUGCCUUUGGGAGCCCCAUGGCCCUGGUCACAUGCCCCAGUCUGGACAGGGUUUGGGAUCACUCUCAGGUGUUGUCCAGGGCGGUCAAGACUUGAAGAAUCUACUGGCAAGUGGGAGGAGCAUGGACCUCUGGGUCCCUUCCCAGACUUUGAGUUAGUGGAUGAUGCCCAGCGUUGCCCCUCUUUGCCUGAUGAGGCCAGUUGGGCCCCACUGUGCUCUUCCCCUCUGCUGCCAAGUGCCUUUGGGGCCUCUGGUGUCUGGCCAGGGGCACUGAGCACCGGCCCUAACUAACCUUCCGUUUCCGCCCACCCCAUCUCCCUGGAAGCGUGCCCCCGGCCCAAGCAGCCUCCUUAUGCCCUAGGCCGAAGCCCCUAGGGUGGGCCUCAGGAUACAAACGUGGCUGCUGGACCCAGCCCUAAUACUUGCAUCAACACAUCAUUCCUUCAGGCCUUACCUUUCUGGGCAAUAGGUACAAUGCAGAUCCUCUAUGGCUUAUAAUGUGCAGAUGGGCAGUCUCCAGGACUGUCUCCAGUACAUCUCACCACUCGCAGCCCGUUCUCACCUCAGGCUUUCUUGGGUGACCUGAGCCACUCCACCACCCCCUCCUCCUGGGGCCAAAUGGGGACUGUGGUUGGAGACCCGAGGAGGAGAUGGAGCCCGGCCCCUCCUCUGUGGUUGAACAAGUCUCUGUGUACAUGGCACCCUUGUCUGCAGGGGUCCCAGGGGCUGAUGGGUGGGUGUCUUCCUUGCUGGCUCCCCUAGCCCUGCUGCAUGAUGCUCUUGGAAUUCUCCCCAAGAAGUCAGCCCCUCGUGGGCCUAUCAGGAAAUUCCUUUUUUAUCUGCACUUGGGUUUUAGUUUUAAAGCUCCAUCUGGUACAUGUCUCAUUUUAAGGUGUGUGGAAAGGUCAGGCGCGGGCUUCCCUGGUUUGUCGUAACCCAAGUCUGUUCCUCGGAGGGGAGCUAUUGGGGACCCACCCUCCUGGCUGCACUGGCUCAGCGCUGCACACGCCCAGGUGCUUCCCAGGGAGAGCCCGCACCCCUGGCCUUCCCACGCCCGGCCAAGGGACAUUGCGGAGGACUCUGGAUCCUUCACCUCUUGGUUGAAGGAUCUCUCUCUCUAUGUG